AUGAAAAUAAAUAUAAGUGAUUCAAAACAUUAAUUAAUAAUAUCUAUUAUAGAUUAGCGUUUUUUUCAGAUAGAAAAUAAGAUUAAAGAAGUCCCUAAAGAACUGAUAAGUUUUAGAGAGUUUCCUUAUAGUGUGACAGACAAAAAGACUGAAAUUAAUUAUGUAGUAAAUAAAAUUGAAGGAGGUGUUUCAUUUAGGUAAAAAUCCUUAAUCACAUAGUUUUUAAAAAGCUUAAUUAAUUGAUUAUGAUGCUUUUUUAUUGAUAGAUUCUUUAAAAUCGAAGAUUGAAAAACACUUAUAAAUGAUGGUUAGAAUGUUUUUGAGAGAAGGGGAACAUAAAGAAAUAGUAAUUUAAAAAAUGAGUUAUUCUCCUACAGAUUUAGAGUUCAGCAUAUAAUUUGGAAAUAUGAUGAAUUGUUAAUUUUAUCUUAGCAAUAUUAUUGGUAAUUGUUUAAUGAAGAAGGAUGAGGAUGUUAUUCACAUAUAUUUGAUUAUGAGUGAACUAUUAGAUGGAUCAUCUAAUUCUAAGUUUCUAAAGGCAUCACCCCUUAAUCUUAAUUUAUUAGUUUAAUAGAAAAAUAUUUGGACUAUAAGUGAAAUAUUAUACAACACUUUUCUUCCUUCAUAAAUUAUAUAGUAUAUGCUGGUUGAAUACCAUAAAGCCUCAAAUUUUCUAAUCAAUCAUUAAUUUUUUGAUUUCCUUCCUACUAAAGAAUUAGGCAUCUUUUCAUUCAGAUUAGUUAAUAAUAAUUCAAAUCUACAUUUAAAUAUAUCCCUUUCCUCUUAGAUUAUCAAUAAUAAACUUUAAAUUCAUUUAAGAGAACCUAUUCAGUAUUCAAUGCUUAUGGGACAUUAAAAGUUGGAUUUCAAUAAAUUUAUUGAUGAUAUGAAAUUAAGAAGAUUUUAAGAAUUUGAAAGAAUAAAUGAUUUUUGGGAAUAUAUAUAAAGUUUUUUUAUUACUACUCUAGCUUAUACUUUUUUUUACGAUACUAAAUUGUUGUAAUUAUAAAUUUUUCAGAAAUUGAAACAUUAAUAUUUUUUUACAAAAGCCAUCAUUCCUAUCAUAUCAAAUAUUUACCAACUUAAAUAAAAUGUGUUAUAAUAUAUAAAAAAGGAUUCUCAUUAUUAAAGAUAAGUAAACUAGAUUAUUCAAAAUUUAAUUGAUAAAUAUUUACACAUUUACUUUAUAAGAUUAAUUGAUGAAGUCCCAAUUCUAUCGUUACUGCUAAGAAUUUAUUUAGAAAAGAUAGAUGAUUAAAUUGGAAAAUUUAGAAACACUAAUAUAUCAUUUGAUCAUGAAAUCAAUAUUUUAGUUAGUAAAUGUUAGAAUAUCUUAAUUGAAUUAAUUCCUAGUGAAACAUUUGCAUUUUCUUUAAAAAUACAAUAAUAAGUUGGAUAAUUAGAAUAUCAAUUUUCGAAAUAAUUUAUUAUGAAAAAAUACUUAGCUUAAGAAAAAUUAUGGUCAAUUUUUGAAUUUCCUCGUUCAGAAGAAAUUAUAAUUUUGAAUAGUUUUUGA